AUAUUCUCGCAAGAGUACAUCAAUCUUCUGCUCUCCAUGUAUUUCUUCGUGCUGGGGAUCCUUGCCCUGUCCCACACCAUCAGCCCCAUGAUGAACAGAUUCUUCCCUGCAAAUUUCCCCAACAAACAGUACCAGCUCCUCUUCACCCAGGGCUCUGGGGAGAGCAAGGAGGAAAUAGUGAAUUACGAGUUCGACACCAAGGAUCUCGUGUGCCUGGCCCUGAGCAGCGUCGUGGGGGUCUGGUACCUGCUGAGAAAGCACUGGAUUGCCAACAAUCUCUUUGGGCUGGCGUUCUCCCUCAAUGGGGUGGAGCUGCUGCACUUGAACAACGUCAGCACUGGCUGCAUCUUGCUUGGGGGCCUCUUCAUCUACGACGUCUUCUGGGUCUUUGGCACCAAUGUGAUGGUGACAGUUGCCAAAUCAUUCGAGGCCCCGAUAAAACUGGUUUUCCCUCAGGACCUGCUGGAGAAGGGGCUGGAGGCGGACAACUUCGCUAUGCUGGGUCUGGGAGACAUCGUCAUUCCAGGGAUCUUCAUUGCUUUGCUGCUGCGGUUUGACAUCAGCCUGAAGAAGAACACGCACACGUAUUUCUACACCAGCUUUGUGGCCUACAUCUUCGGGCUGGGCCUGACCAUCUUCAUCAUGCACAUCUUCAAGCACGCCCAGCCUGCUCUUCUGUACCUGGUCCCUGCCUGCAUCGGGUUCCCCCUUCUCGUGGCCUUGGCCAAGGGAGAAGUAACUGAAAUGUUCAGGUGA